UGUGAGUUCAUCCCUCGGUCCCUGAUCCUCGCUUCUGAUUCGCCACUAUUCAGCACCGAGCAUAGUUACCUCGCGCCAUUCAAGGUGGUUCUUCCGCGAGCCCUCGCUCAUACUUAUCAAUCCCGUCUGCCUCAGUAGCCACUCUCGUGCCUGAUAGGCUCCUGUAUGAAAGUUCGUCCUGUGUGAAUCAUGACUUCCGCUCCGUCUCGCGCUCCGCUUUCGCUCACUUGAACGGACGCGACACCUCGACGAGAACGGCUUGUUCUUGACGACCAUGACGACCCAGGGCGCAUCUGCGAAGGACGUCCCUUUGUCUGAUGCGCACCGAGCAAAGCUGGAGCGCAGGCUCGUCCGCAAGUUGGACGCACGUCUACUCCCCAUCCUCACCGUCCUCUAUCUACUUUCUUUCCUCGAUCGUUCCAACAUCGGGAAUGCUAAACUGGAUGGGUUAACGACGGACCUCAAGAUGACCCAGGCUGACUAUCUGAACGCCUUGACAUUGUACUUCCUGGGAUACAACAUGGUCCUCAAACGUCUGACGCCGCGACUAUGGCUCCCGACUAUAAUGGUCGUCUGGGGUAUAGUGUCUACACUGAUGGGUCUCGUACACAACUACGCUGGCCUCUUAGCUGUGCGUUUCUUCCUGGGUGCCACAGAGGCCGGUCUCUUUCCUGGCGUUGUGUACUACUUAUCAUGCUGGUACAAGCGGAAAGAACAACACUUCCGCAUCUCUAUUUUUUCAGCGCUGCUAGCCUCGCAGCUAGGGGCCUUCGGUGGUGCUCUUGCGUAUGCUAUCGGGAAAAUGGACGGGAUCGGUCGCAAGUCUGGGUGGUCCUGGAUAUUCAUCAUAGAGGGCUUGCUAACCAUAGUGAUCGCACUGCUGUCCUAUGUUUGGGUGCACAACUACCCGGAUACUGUCUCCUUCUUGAGCCCAGAAGAGAAGACACUUCUGCAUGAACGACUCCGCGCCGACAAUGAUGCGCUCAGCGGCGAGACGUUCCGCUGGCCAUAUGUCAAGAAAGCGUUCGAAGACGUUGCCGUGUGGCUCUACUGCUUGUGCUUUGUCGGGUGCUCGUUGCCUCUGUACACACUUUCGCUGUUCUUGCCUACCAUCAUCGCAGACCUUGGGUACGCAGCGGCCGAAGCCCAGCUCCUCACCGUGCCGCCAUACUUCGUUGCGACCGUCCUCACGUUCGCGACCGCGUGGGGCUCACACUUGCUCAACCGUCGGGCACCGUUCAUAAUCAUCGGCGCGAUUCUGCCAUCAUUGGCUAUAUCAUCCUCAUCGCCUCCGCGACGUCGGGCGUCCAGUACUUCGCCACAUUCCUGUGUGCGGGCGGCAUCUAUCCAGCUACGCGAUUACGCUGUCAUGGCCCGCGAACAACGUUCUGGACAGCUCAAACGUGCCGUAGCGUGUGCAUUGCAGAUCAGUGUCGGAAACGGCCUGGGAGCGAUCGUAGGCACGCAGUUGUACAGAUACGCGCCGCGCUUCUACCUCGGCCACGGCUUUGCCAUCGGGUACCUCGUCCUCGUCAGCGCCGCUGCCGCGCUCAACUGGUACGUACUCGCGAGGCGGAACAGGGAGAAGGAGCGGUUGCUGCAGUCCGGUGAAAUCAGCGAGAAAGACGACGAAGAGAGCCGUUUGCUGCUGGGCGACGAGCAUCCGCUCUGGAAGUUCCAGGUGUAGUUCGAGGUUCACCGCCGGAUGUGUUCCUCGUUGUAUUAUGUUAUGAUAGACGACGAACGUUCAUAAGCAAUGAUGAACUUCUGCUCAA